AUGGCUAAAGAACCACUCCGAGAGCGAAAAGUCAGCGGAUCGUACAUAAUUGGCCUUGAGUACUGUUUUCGAUUCUCGAUAGUCUUCCUCGUACUUGGUCUCGCAUGGGCAAUUCCGAAUCUCGAGCAGAUUAUUCCACUUGUAGGAGUCACAUCCGGAAUGUUACUGGCCCUUGUACUUCCAUCUUUGAUAGAAACUGAAUUCCUUCGUUCCAAGGUAGCAACGAGGGCGCGCAGCAUGCGUUUUGAUGGUAUAGACAAUGUAGACGAUCCUGUCGAAGAAAUGCGCUCGAAUGCAAUAACCACUAGACUGCAGGGCGAUAUAAUAAGGGCGCAACUAUCGCAGCUCACUCGAACGAUUGAGAUAAAGGAGCAAAGCGCCAUUCGUGAAAAUCUGCCUAAAUUCGGUGUUGAAAAAUGCACAAAAUCGUGGAAAAUUGUUGAACAGUAUCUUUUCAUAGAGAAAGAUGUACGAGCGUCCAAACACAAGGAAGACGGUGGUCUAUGGAGUCCAAGUACUCGGCAGAAAAAGCUGAUUGAAGAAAACAUUAACGUAGUCGACAUAGAAAAAAUCCACGUAGUCGACGACAGCACGUACUACUGCCUUUAG